UUGGGUUGACUGGGCUUCCCAAAGCCUGGGGAUGAGGAAGCAGCUCAGGGAGACUUGGGCAAUCAUGCCCUUUCCCAGGGAGGCGGUACCUGGGCUUAUUCACAGGGUGAGGCCUUGCUUUCAGCCUGAGUCUGGUCUCUUCCAGUUACUCUGGGUGGACAGAACCUGUGGGGAGCCUCAGAACUCUGUCCCCUCUCUACCUUCUGUUAGGAAUCCAGGUGUUCUUCUUCUCUCCAGAGAGCCAGAGCCCAGGUGCUCCCUUACCAGGGAGGGAGUGCCUUCUGGUGAAAGGCAUCCUAAAGGCCUGGGAGGUGGCAGCUGGAGAAGGAGGGCAGGGCCAGAAGCCAAGUCUGAAGGAAGGAACUGCCAGCCAAUGAAAGGGGAACUGCCUGAACCCUGACCUGUGGAACUGGGACAGCACGGGACCCACAGGGCCAAGGUCCACACUUUCUCAUCCGUGUCCUGGGACCACAUGAGGAUGCUGCUGUGGCUUCCUGUCUUGCUGGGUCUUGGGAGCUGGAGUGCUCUCUCCUGGAAUGAAACACAAGCCAAACGCAUAUCACAGGGCCUUCAGGACCUGUUUGGCAACAUCUCUCAGCUUAUUGAUAAAGGAAGACUUGGUCUCAAUGUGGUCUCUCACAAGGAGUGGGGGGCAGAAGCUGUUGGCUGCAGCACUCCACUGACCAGGCCUGUGGAUUUCUUUGUCACGCACCUUGUCCCUGGACUGGAGUGUCACAACCGGACUGCAUGUAGUCAGAGGCUGUGGGAACUCUGGGACCAUCAUGUGCACAACAACAGCUGGUGUGACGUGGCCUACAACUUCCUGGUUGGAGACGAUGGCAGGGUGUAUGAAGGUGUUGGCUGGAACAUCCAAGGCAUGCACACCCAGGGCUACAACCACAUCUCCCUGGGCUUUGCUUUCUUUGGCACCAAGGAAGGCCACAGUCCUAGCCCUGCUGCCCUGUCAGCCAUGGAGGGUCUGAUCUCCUAUGCAAUCCAGAAGGGCCACCUGUCCUCCAUGUAUGUUCAGCCACUUCUUGUGAAAGGUGAAAACUGCCUGGCCCCUCUGCAGAAGGCAAGCCCUAAGAAAGCUUGCUCCAACAUUGUCCCUCGAUCUGCAUGGGAGGCCAGGAAGACGCACUGUCCCAAGAUGAACCUCCCAGCUAAGUAUGUUGUCAUUUUCCACACCGCUGGGAGAACCUGCAUCAUGUCUGAUGAGUGCCACCUGCUGGUCCAAGAUAUCCAGUCCUUCUUCAUAGACAGACUGAAUUCGUGUGACAUUGGGUAUAACUUCCUUGUGGGGCAGGAUGGUGUCAUUUAUGAAGGAGUGGGCUGGAAUGUCCAAGGCUCCCGUGCUCCUGGCUACAAUGACAUUGCCCUGGGCAUUGCCUUCAUGGGGACCUUCUUGGGUACCCCACCCAAUGCUGCAGCCCUGGAGGCAGCCCAGAACCUGAUCCAGUGUGCAGUGGACAAGGGGUAUUUAACUCCCGACUACCUGCUGGUGGGACACAGUGAUAUUGUCAAUACACUGUCUCCUGGGGAAGCUUUGUACAACAUCAUUAAGACUUGGCCUCAUUUCAAACACUGAAGGAACCCCUGCUCCUUCUGAGACUGCUUGUCCCGCCUGGCUGCUGGGCCUCCCCUGUUCUCACCCUCGAUCCUGACUCAACACCUCGUGUCCCCUCCAUGUCAGCCCCAUCCUGCCCCUCCUUUCUCAGGUUAGGAUGAUUCUCUCCUGCUAGCACCACCCCCCAGCAGCCCCAAACCCUGGAGCUGGGUAUUACCAGCCCUUUGAGUGAGCCCCACCUUCCUCACUCCUCAUCUUCCCCUCCCCUGGGCACCCAGCUCCUAAGCCAGGUGGGAAGAUGGGCUGAUCCUUGUUUGACUUCUCGUUCCCUCUCUGGCUGACCCUGUGCCCCAUGUACUUCCCCUGCCAUCUGCCCAGCAGCCCCCAAGCCUCACACAGGACCCAGGUCAAGGCCCAAAACCCGUCUCUGCUCACACAGCCACUUGUCCCCAUGUGGAUGCAGCCCUUAUUUCAGGGCUCAUUGCUUACAGGUGUGGUUGUUCUCUCCACUGGAUUGUGAGGGUUUCCAGGUUUAUUUGCCCCCAUGUCCUUGAUUCCUCAGCAGAAGCUGGAGUCUUGUGUGUGCUAUAGAUAUUUGUUGGAGAUGUGGAUGAAUAAACAAAUAUGUGGGUCGAGUCCCUGCUUCCCUUUCCAGUCUGUUCCACCACCCCCUCUCUUUGGGGACACCUUCUGGGACUGUCCCCCAUCCUGCCAUUUUCUCUCUGUUCUUGCCCCUCCCAGUCUGAGGCUCAGAGCCAGCUCUGGCCACUUGUCUGUAAUGGUUGAUGUGCCUCUAGGCUCCUGUGUCCUGUCCUCCCCAAGUUCCCCGAGGGCAGAGACAGUACUCCUCCAGGUCCAGCUGGGCUGUGUCCACACAAGCCACCAGUGCCUGCAGCCUUCCCUUGCCCAGCUGUGCCCACUGGCCUUGGGGCUCAGCGGGGACCCAGAGCAUGGCACCCUGCAGCCCUUCUGGCCCGGUCUCCUGCUGCCCAGAGGGAAGCCAGAUACUUUCAGUUGGGGGAGACAGUAUUUUGCUGUUCACUGGAAGUAUA